AUGCGUGCAGUAAUUAGAAGUAUUUUUCUUAGUGUGCUUUAUAAAAUAAGUAUUUUCCCUGGCAAAAUUACGUUAAUCUUAUAUGAAUUAGAAAUACUGAUCAACACGUUGAUGAGAAGUGUGCCGUCUUUGUGGCGGCGGUAUUGGCAUAUUCUGUGGAUCAUCUGGAUCGAAGCUGGAUAUCCGCAUACCACGUUGUCCUUUAGGAGCUCCUGA